GUCUGAGGUGAGGCGCUGCUGCUGCUGCUGGGAGGCUGUCUAUUCCAGCGGGACGGGAAUUAUCUCCUUUAUUUCUUCUCUCUUUCCUAUUUUUGCAUUUCCAUCCUUAUCAACAAAGACCUGAAGAUUCCCAGUUUAAUUAUUGUCUUUUCCUGGCGACAAAAUGGGCUGCGCCGGAUUCACCUGCUCCAAACACUGCCUCUGUGCGCUCAACAUCCUCUACGUGCUGGUGAGCCUGUUGUUGGUGGGCAUCGCAGCCUGGGGGAAGUGGCUGGGACUGGUGUCCAGUUUCCAGGUGGUGGGAGGCCUCAUCGGAGUGGGGGUCUUCCUCUUCUUUGUGGCUCUGGCCGGGCUCAUCGGGGCCAUGAAACACCACCAGGUCCUGCUCUUCUUUUACAUGAUUGUCCUGUUUCUGGUGUUUGUGGUACAAUUCUCCGUCUCCAGUGCCUGUCUGGCCAUCAACCGCGAACAGCAGGAGCAUCUAUUGGAGGUGGGCUGGAACAACUCCCAGAGCACUCAGAGUGACGUGGAGAAGAGCCUGAACUGCUGUGGGUUCAGAACUGUGGACUACAACGCCACAUGCACAGCUACGUGUUUCCCAAGCCAUUCGUGCCAGUCAUGUGCAGAUAAGAUCCAGGUGCACGCAGGAGACAUCCUCAGAGUCGGAGGAAGCAUCGGGCUCUUCUUCAGCUUCACAGAGAUUUUGGGAGUUUGGCUGACGUACCGCUACAGGAACCAGAAGGACCCUCGAGCCAAUCCCAGUGCUUUCCUCUGAUCCCCCCCACUACAACCACCCUCCCUACCCCCUCAACGCACCGUAAAUACUGACUGAUGAUCUGCGUAUGAAGGACUCCUGGUCUUAAAUGUCCCAUCUUAUGCUAAACUGUCGUAUUUGAGCUUUUAAGUUAUAAUGUUCCCACUUGAUGAACAUACCUCAUACAUGUUUUGUUGAUUUUUGUCAUAAAUAUAAAGUGGAAAUAGAAGAGCAGUGGAGCUAAGAGGUGACUUAUGUGUUUACACAGUCAUAUAAUACAACAAAGUAUAUCCCAGAUUUUUUGAAGGUAACUUCAGUUUGUGGGCCUUUUUAAAUAUUAAUAUCAACAAAUAUUGGUCACAAUCACAAGCAAAAAAAGAAAAUACUCCUGUAAAAUAAUCCUCUUUGUUUUUAAAAUACAUCAACUUUUACUACAAAACAUCUACAUUUUACUAUUGAGUAAUUACCUAUGCAUUGUUAUGAGGGCUACACUGAGGUGGACAAAACAUUUUCUCAAGUAAGAAUAGGUUCAAAAUAAUAUUAGUAGAAGUACAAAGUAGUGGUCCAAGAAGAGUAAAAAUGUGCUUGAGCAAACUACAGUACAGUAACUGUCUGAAAGUAACAUAGGAUUUGAAGUUGAUGUAACUGGAAGGACAAAACUGGUAUAGUCAUGAUUAUGAAAACAUUGGACUUGAUGUCCCACGUUUAUGUUAUAAUUUGGUGAUUUGGUUCUUAAGACGUUUAUCCAAUCAGAAAGCAGAAUGAGCAUCACAGGAGUCUCUCAUUCGGGUUGCCAGUCAAUCCUGAAAUCCAGUUGGUUUGGUUAAGGAUUCUCUCUGAUCUGAAUCCUCACUACCUAAACCCCAGCACCUGUAGCCAAUCAUGAAUCAGUGCUAGUGCAGCCUCUGCAGCUCAGAGAAUGAAUUUUGGAGGAUCUGAGCUUUCUCUGAGAAGUACAACUCCAUUAAAAGUUAAGUAAAUGUACUUGAGUAAAAGUAUUUGAGUACUACCCUCCUCUACAAGAUUUAAGUCUAAGACAUACAUAACUAUUUAAAUAUCCAUUAAUAAAGCAUAAUAUGGGAACUUUUCUGUAACACUACUGCAUAUAAGAAACACUGGUGACUGGUUUUCCCAAGUCUGUUUUGGUCCUUGAACGCACCAUUUAGGCCUGGGUUGAAUGUUUAAAUGAUUGACUGAAAACUGUACAGAUGUAUGUGUGUGAGUUUGAAUACAAAUCUAAGUGUGUGUGGUGUGCUGUUGGCCUUUUGCAUGCUGUACAAUAGGAACUGAACUGCUGUAAGGACCUGACAACCGCUCUUUGUACUGUCAAUAAAAAAACUCAGUAACUAUG